AUGAUUUCAACAAUCGGCACAACAACAAUUCAAACAACAACAACAGCACCAAACUCGUUAGUCAUGAAUCCUACGUCAAUGUUAGUAGAGAUGAAAAACUUCAUUCCUUCUUCAUAUACUUUCGAAACAAAAAUCCAGAAGAUAAAGCAAGAACUUUUAACAAGUAAUUUAGACUGUAGUGCGAAAGAUGAAGAAAAUGAAGAAUAUCUUUAUGAAAUGCAGGACAUUAUUGACCAUUUACCCAAAUUGCCUGAAAUCCAACAACAAAAACUCACUAUUCCUGAAUUCGACGAAAUUGAAGUGAAACCAACUGACUCAGUAGAAAUAAAGAAGUUCAUACGUAAAGUAAAUUAUGAAUUCCUUGGUUUUCAUUGCAACCAUAAGGUUAUGGACAAAGAUUGCGACAUGGUAUAUAAAAACAUUUCUGACAUAUAUAAAUCUGAGGAGUUUAAGACUUACGAUAACUUUGUUUCAUUAGUUGCAAAAUGUGUUUGGGAAAUAAGAGAUAAAGAUAGAAGAGGCAAAGUAUGGAACGAACAAAUAAGACCCGCUAUGUUUGAGAUGAAGAGAGCAAUUGACGCCUUAGUUGUUUUAGCUGGUUUUAUUUCAAUGUAUAACGCAAAAAUGAACCCGCAAUGUUCAAAAUGUAAGGCAGCAAUUAGGAAAUAUAACUACUCAGUCAAAGAGAUAGAAAGAAUGAGAAACGACUAUGC